AUGUCUCAAAAUAGCGCGCAAAGUUCAAGACAGAUUGGUUUAACGAGUGUCCCAAAUAAUAAUGAACAAUUUGGAAAUGCAGCCACAACAAGAAAUACAAACCAGGAAACAUCAAGAAGAGGCAGUCGUGAACAUUUUGAAAAAACUGGAUUAACAAAUACCAAUACACAGCAAUUCAUGUCUCAAAAUGGCGCGCAAAGUUCAAGACAGAUUGGUUUAACGAGUGUCCCAAAUAAUAAUGAACAAUUUGGAAAUGCAGCCACAACAAGAAAUACAAACCAGGAAACAUCAAGAAGAGGCAGUCGUGAACAUUUUGCAAAAACAACUGGAUUAACAAACACCAAUAAACAACAAUCCAUGUCUAUAAAUAGCGCGCAAAGUUCAAGACAGAUUGGUUUAACGAAUAUCCAAAAUAAUAAUGGACAAUUUGGAAAUGCAGCAAACCAGGAUACAUCAAGAAGAGGAAGUCGUGAACAUUUUGAAAAAACUGGAUUAACAAACACCAAUACACAGCAAUUCAUGUCUCAAAAUGGCGCGCAAAGUUCAAGACAGACUGGCUUAAAGAGUACUUCAAAUAAUAAUGGCGGUAAGGAUGGAGCGGGAGUCAACCCAGUACAACAGACUGGUCCCAGACAAACAUUUAGCCCCUGGAACGCUGUGAUUGAACCAUCACAGAGUAUUUCUGAGAAAUCAAACCAAUUUAUGACAUCCGGGCAAAAUUUACAAAGUGAAAAUAAUAAUCAAGCAUUCGCUCAACCAAAAUCUCAACAGUCAACCUCAAAAUCAAAUGUUGAAUCAAAUAAUAAUCAAAUGGAGCAAAAUGGUAAUAGUCAACAACAAAUGAGCGCUAAAGCAGCAACGAGACCAUGGAAUUUCGUUUCCGAACCAAAGCAAAACAAUGCAGGAAACACAAAUGUCGAUGGAAGAGAUUUUAAUAAUGUUGGAUCAAAUAAUAAUAAUAAUAACAACGCUCGUACUAAAGCACAAGAGUAUUCUCAAAACAAAGCAAUUAGUACAUCUUCUUCACAACAGAAUAUGAUCAUGGCUAGUUCAAAUAAUAAUGAUAACCAAGCGAAUCAAGCGUUUAACAGAAAUCAGCAAUUUACAGAGAACAAUAGUGGUAAUGGUCAAAACAAUAAUUAUAGGCAAAUGAACCAACAAAGCGGAAGUAAUAAUAAUAUUGGCAGCCAGCCAAGAAACGCUCAAAAUUCUUUUAAACCUUUAAAUGCAAAUGAUAUUAACAACAAAAAUAAUUAUGGUCAAACUUUCGACACAAAUCAACAAAACGGAAGAGGUUCCGACAAUUAUGCUAAUCAGCCUGGGCCUGAGCAGACUUCAUACAAUAACAACAAUAACAAGAAUACCGGCAGGUCCAUCAGUAACAAUCAACCUAUCAACAAUGGCCCUGAUUUAGGUGGAAACAACAUGCAGCAACACUACAACAAUAUUGCAUUCAACAGUGGCAAACCUUCAGUCGGAAGCGGAAGUAGCAUAAAUAACAACAACAACUAUAAUACAAAUUUUAAUAAAGACCAAGGGUCUAACCAAAACCAGCAGUUUACUAGUAACCAAGGCAUGAAUUCUUUUAACGCUCAAAAUUCCAUGCAACGCAAUCAAGCAGGAAAUGACGUUGAUGUGUCUUCCGUUGCACAACAGCAGUCGUCGGGCAAUCAAAUUAACAACGUCAUGGAAUCUCGCCAGGCCUACCAAACUACUACUUCUAACAAUAACAAUAACAAUUACAAUGAUAAUAACAAUAACAAUGAUAACUAUCAGAAAAGUAAUUCUCAGAACGCUAAUUACGGACAAGAAAGUCACGGAAACAACAAUGGCGCUGAUCAGAGUUAUCAAGGCGGACAGCAAGCGUUUGAGUCCCAGUCUAAUAAUGCUGGUUUCUCUUCGACUUCUAGUUCGCAGCAGUCUCACGAUACGGGCACACAGGAACCAUCCCAAAAUAACAACAACAACAAUAAUAAUUACAAUAAUAAUUACCAAGGUCAAGGUCAGAACCAAGGUGGUGUUAAGCCUACUCCAUCCUUAGAAUUAUCAUCGGGACCGAUAAAGACGCCAUGCUCUGUGUCACCAGUUUGCGGUACUGACGGAUUUACGUACAUGUCCGAAUGCUUCAUAUGGUCGGGUGCAAAGAAAGAAUGUGAUGGGUUCUGUCCUUGCACAAAACCAACAACAAAACCAGCAAAGAAACCAGAACCUCCUCAAAAUAAUAACAACAAACAAGCUCCUCCCCAAACAAACAUGCAAGGACCACCUCAAAAUAACAAUUACGGACAAGGACCGCCUCCAAAUAACUGGCAAGGACCGCCUCCUCCAAGUAAUAAUAAUAGGCAAGGACCGCCUCCAAAUAACAUUAACAGACAAGGACCACCUCCUUCAAAUAUGCAAGGACCACCACAAGCAAGCCGACAAGGACCACCUCAAUCACAUUUUGGUCAAGGACCUCCUAGUUCAAACAUUCAAGGACCGCCUUCAUUUAGUAGACAAGGACCACCUCAAAUGGAGUUCCAACAGGGACCACCGCCACCGGGUUUCAGAAACGGACCACCACCGCCAGGUUUUAGACGAGGACCCCCACCAUCAAAUAGGGCGGGACUACCAGCUCCGCCCCGUCCGGCUCCUACAGUAGAUCCUUUACCGGAGCCACAGGUUGCAGACGUACCUCCAGCUUGUAAUUGUCCGGAAAUAUACCGACCGGUUUGCAGUAUAGCCGGAAAUACGUAUGACAACGAUUGUCUCCGGAGAUGCAAUUAUGAAGGGUUUAAAUGCCAAGGUCCAUGCCCUUGUGGUAAGAACAGUAUCAAAUAUCAGGCCAGCGACUUUGCUAGGCCUGAUCUCGAUCCUUACGCACCGAUGCCAACCACUACAACAAUGCUGCAACAAACAACAACAGCUCAGCAACAAGCAAACAACAUUCAGCAGCAACAACGACAACAGCAGCAGCAACAGCAGCAGCAUCAAGCCGAACAACAACAACAACAAUUGCAGCAGCAAAAUCAAAAACAAAGACAACAUACUACAAUAACGCUUCCGGGUAAAGCUCAAAGAAGCAUGCAGACGACAACAAGGGGACUCGGAGCUAACGGUGCACCUGCUCAACCAAAGCCAACCGGCCUCCCGGCAGCACAAACCACCACCUUCGGAGGACCUAGAGUAACAUCAACUUUAGCUCAGAUUAUGAAAAGCAUUCUUAUGCAAUCAACUCAAAUGGCAAAAAGUGCGGCUGCACAAAGUGGAGGACCAAACAUGAAUUCAAAUACAGGGGGAAAUAAUGGCGCGUCUAACCCUGGACAAUCUGCUACGCAGACGACAAGUGGUAGCCGACAAAAUGUACAGAAAUCAAAAACAGGUUCUUCCCAAACACAGGCUAUGACAGAUAUCAGACAAUCGGCGAAAAGUUCAAAUAAUAAAGCUAAAGCCAAGAAAACUCAAGCAAAGAAACCUAAACCGACACCUAAACCAAAACCUCAAAUUGAACGGGAACCUGUAGAGAGGGAACCCGGUGAAGGACAAGGUCAAGGUUACGGACAAGGGUAUGUUUCAAAUGGAGCACCAGCUGCCGGAGGAGGAGCAUCUGCAUGCCACUGUAACAACAUUUAUGCCCCCGUUUGUGGGACAGAUGGCAUAACCUAUACCAACCCAUGUGAUUUAACAUGUUCAGGUGGUGCGGGGACGGCAUGUAACGGAGAAUGCCCAUGUGGCCUAUUUACAUUUAUUGAGCCAGUGUACUUUUGCGAAGAUUACUGUAGCCGGACCUACCAGCCGGUAUGCUCCAUGUGGGGACGUACCUAUGAUAACGAUUGUUUGAGAAAAUGCAGUAACGAAGACAAAGAUUGUAAUGGUGAGUGUCCGUGUCCUGCUGCAGGUCAAGCUGCGUAUGAUCCCCAGCCCAACCAGUAUGCCCAGGAACCAGCCCCCUAUGAUCCACAGCCGCCGGCGUAUAAUAAUCAAGCUGCGUCCUACGACCCAGCUCCAUACGAACCACAACCGGCCCAACACGGUAAUCAACAUGCUGCAUACGAUCCACAUCAAACACAGUACGCCUACGAUCCCGCACCGGCACACUACGAUCCUGCCCCGGCACACUACGAUCCCGCCCCGGGACACUACGAUCCGGCACCGGCACACUACGAUCCGGCACCGUCACACUACGAUCCAGCACCGGCGCAAUACGGUACCCAAGCGGGCCAUUAUGAUCCGGCACCUGCGCAAUACGGUACCCAACCGGGACCUUACGAUCCAGCACCGGCGCAAUACGGUACCCAGCCAGGACCUUACGAUCCAGCACCGGCCGCAAAUAAUAAUCAACCACCCCCAUAUAACCCCCACCAAUAUGACCAUCAGCCUGGGGUCAAACGUCGUUACAGAACUAAUCCGAAUAAUUUUAAUGCUGAACCUAGUAACCAGCCACCAAGCACGUGCGAAUGUGUACGUACUGACGUAGAUCCGGUAUGUUCAGUACAUGGCGAAACUCUUUGGUAUGGCUGCGAUGCAAUUUGCAGAGGGGUCACCAUUGCCUGUUCGUCCGAGUGUCCGUGCUAGACAAAGUGACGUGUAUAUCUACUGUACGGGAGAUGGUUACCUGUUACAUAUCAGUGCUCAAUAUCUGGAAUGGGAUUAGUCACGAAAAAAGGGGGACUUUUCGAGUGGCAAUAACAUUUUUGAUGUUUCAUGUAUCACUAAUCACGUUGAUUAUUCUGCUGUCUGUUUUUAUUGGAUGUGCGAUCGGAUAGGCAACAUUCGGAUAUUAUUUAUUUUACAAACAAUAUAUUUUUAUUGUAUUUAUCUGCUGUCGUCAAGGUUCAAUGAAAGACAGAUAAACAAAAUCUAAUAAAUAUAAUUCUGAAA